CCAGCUCCAACUCACCCACCUCCUCUCCUCCCAAUCCAGCCAGCGCAGAGCCGACGAAGCAGAGCAUACCCGGUCAGUCACCCGUAGCACUACUCACCGUCGGUCGAUCCUCCAUGGCGCCAAAGAGCAGCUCCUCUACUCAGCAGGCGCCCGCGGGCGGCAGCAAGGGCUGCUGGGGCGCGGAGCCGAAGCUCCGGGGCGUGCGGAAGCGGCCGUGGGGCCGGUACGCGGCGGAGAUCCGCGACCCGGUCAGGAAGGCCCGCGUCUGGCUCGGCACCUACGACACCGCCCACCAGGCCGCGCGCGCCUACGACGCCGCCGCGCGCAGGCUCCGCGGCCCCGCCGCCAAGACCAACUUCCCCCCCGCCUCCCCCUCCGCCGCCGCGUCCGCCGCGCUCCUCCACCUCCACAACAAGACUACCGCGCCGGCCCCGACCAGCGCGGGUAGCAGCACCGUGGAGUCGGCCUCGUCCUCGUCGUCCCGGGACGACUCCUUCCUCGCGGCCGCGCCGGCGGAAGCGCUGCUGGAGCUGAGGCUGGGCACGGCGGUCCCGGAGCCGUACCUGUUCCUCGACCCGAGGACGGCGGCGGCCGUCACCGUCGCCGUGCCGGCGCCGGGCGGCUGGAGCGAGGAGCGGAGCGACAGCUCCGGGUCCUCGUCGUCGUCGGUGAUGAACGCCGACGAGGCGUCCCCCGCCGUCGGCGUCGGGUUCGACCUCAACCUGCCCCCGCCGGCCGAGAUGGUUAUGUAGAACCAGACGUCCUACUUUCAGCCGGUCAAUCGAUUCGUUCGUUUCUUAGUCCGUCCAUUCGCCGGAUCAGUAGACAGUAAUAGUACCAGUGGGUUAAUUAGGCUUAGCCGUGUACUACUAAAUUACUGUCCCUAAUUGUAAAUAGGCAGCUGCAUCUGCCUUGUGUAGUUGUAAACUUGCAUUGCAAGAGCAAGGAAUUACAAGGUUUAGUACCAGAAA